AAUAACAAUGAAAAUAUCUGCAAUGAAAAUAUCAGCGAUAAAUACAUUUUACCAGAAAUGAAAUGUGUAAUGUGCUUAAAAGACACUGGUGGAGCACAUCGGUGUUCAGAAUGCAACUGCUAUGUCCAUGUAAUUUGUGGUGUAAGCAAUGACGGUAUUGAAGGAUAUGGAGCAAGUGUUUUAUGCAUAUUAUGUGAUAGAACAAAAAAUGCGGUGAUUCAACGUAAAAAAUUCGUAGAAAACCUUAGCCAGCAGGCAGAAAAAAUGAAAAAUUUGUCUGAUAAAAAAUUUCCUCCAGUUGAAAAAGGAUUAACGGUUCUAGUUCCUAUUCCAGAUGUUGAUAAAGGUCGCGGAGACGCUCGAAAUAUAUUAGCUUUGGUCAUGGAAGUUGCGGAUGAUGGAUUUUAUCGUUUGGGAACAAGAAAUGGCAUAUUAAAACAAUUAUAUAGCAGGUCGCAGUUUUCUCCUUGCAGAACAAAAAUGUUAAAUAUCGAAGAUAGACAAAAAGAAAAAGAGGUUUCACUUAGGACGGUCGCUACUAAACACUCAUUAGGAACAGGCCAAGGUUUUGUGAAAUGUUCUUGUAAAAAAAAUGUCAAAGCAACAAUAUAUACAUAUAUAUAUACCCCCACAGCACCGAAACUUUCCUAAAAAUUUAUUAAAUAUACUAUUAUUAUUUCUGUUAGUAUUAUUAUUAUUAUUACAUUUAUUAUUAAUAUUUCAAGUUACGUGUAAUUACCCAUCUCUAUAGACCCAACCUUUUUUACAACAGUGCUUACAUGUGAUUUGCGUCAUUUGUCGAUUUUAUUUUGUAUUUUUAUUUUAAUACUAUUACAUCCUAUAAAUGUGAAAUUAUAAACAAUUAAAUUGUGCGUACAAGUGUUUACGUACAAGUGUCUACUGCUUGAUUUAGUAGAUAAUUUUGCGCUUUUCAUUUUUCUCUGCUUUUUUCUUUUAAUUCAUUAUGAAUCUUAUUAUAUUCCUUGCACACGAAAAGCAUUCUUAUUGUCAAGUUAA